AUGGCCAUAAACUAUGUUUAUCAAUGUGCGCUGCCGCCGGAAAUCACGUUGGGCCAUUAUAUACUUCACAGACUUCGGCAAUUAGGCAUUCACACAAUAUUUGGACUACCCGGUGAGUUCAACAUGCCGCUACUAGACAAAAUAUACACAAUUCCCCAAAUGGUUUGGGCUGGCAACACUAACGAGUUGAACGCUGCAUAUGCCGCCGAUGGGUAUUCUCGAAUCAAACGACUUGGCUGUUUGGUGACAACUUUUGGAGUGGGUGAGCUGUCUGCUAUCAAUGGUGUCGCCGGUUCUUUUGCAGAGCAUGUCGGACUCAUACAUAUCGUUGGAAUGCCUCCAAUUUCCGCUCAAGUUAGACAGUUGCUGUUGCAUCACACUUUGGGCAACGGUGACUUCAAGGUUUUCUACAGGCUAGCUAGCGAUGUGGCUGCAUACACGUCCAUUUUGAACGACAUGGAGACGCUUGCUUCGGAGGUGGAUAAAUGUUUGACCAUCGCAUUCACAAAACAACGUCCCGUUUAUCUAGGAAUUCCGGUAAACAUGGUAGAUGUGAUUUUGAGCUCUUCUCUACUUAAUUUUCCUCUAAACCUUGACAUUCAAAACCGAAAUGUAGAAGUCGAAGAAGAAUUUGUCGCCGCGGUGCUGAGCGCCAUGUAUAAGAGUCAGAAUCCCGCAAUUAUUGUAGACGCUUGCGUUACAAGACAUGGUCUGAUAGAAGAAACGAAACAGUUGGUAGAGCGUACCCCAUUUCCGGUCUUUUGCACCCCAAUGGGGAAAGGUGCACUAGACGAGCAGCAUCCCCAUUUUGGUGGUACUUUCGUUGGCUCGAUGUCAUCUCCACAGGUACGAGAAGUUGUAGAUUUUAGCGAUUUCAUUUUAGUGGUGGGUGCCUUACUAUCAGACUUCAAUACAAGCUCAUUCCAUUUCGCAUACAGAGCAAAGAACACCGUAUUGCUGUUUUCCAAUCACGCAAAACUCAAGAAUGCAGUGUACCCAGACCUGGAACUGAAAGUAGCAUUGAAUUUAAUUCUAGCAAGGCUAGAUUCUUCCAAGAUUCGAUAUCGGCCUCAAAAAAUUUCUGACGUUAUCAAGCCAAAACUUAGAUUAAUGAACAAUGUACCACUGAGACAGGAAUGGGUCUGGAGCCAGAUCACCAACUGGUUCAGAGCUGGUGACAUUGUUAUUACGGAAACUGGUACGUCUGCAUUUGGUAUUAAUCAAAGCAAAUUUCCUAGUCGUACGCGGUGUAUCUCACAAGCACUAUGGGGGUCCGUGGGUUAUUCUGUAGGUGCCUGUCUAGGUGCCUCUUUUGCUGCAAGAGAGGAAGGUAGCGAUCCUCGGGUUAUUUUAUUUGUUGGCGAUGGUGCUUUGCAAUUAACGGUCCAGGAAGUAUCUACAAUGAUUCGAUGGGGGCUAAAGCCCAUAAUAUUUUUAAUGAAUAAUAAUGGUUAUACCAUUGACAGGCUUUUGCACAAAAAGUCAAACGCUGGCUAUCAUGAUAUUCAGUCAUGGGAUAAUCUGCGAAUUUUACCUACGUUUGGAGCAUCUCAUUAUGAUGCUAGGAAAGUCAAGACAGUUGGUGAUUUUUUGGCACUGAUAGAAGACCCCAAGUUUGCAAUUAAUGAUAAAAUCAAGAUGGUUGAGGUCUUGUUGCCACCAAUGGAUGCCCCUCCGGCAUUGAUGGAGAAAUGGCUUUUAACUGACAAAGCUGACAGCGAGAUAGAUGGUAGGGUCGACGAUUUGCAUGCGGAGGACAACGACGCCUUCAUAACGAAACGAAUCAAACUGAAUGAUAAUCGCCGGUCGAUUGUUGACUAUAAUAUGUCCUAUGACAACAUGGAUUCUGUGUGA